AUGUCUGACUCACAUCCUCACGACAAUACUGAUCUUACCAGCAGGUCGUCCGGCAACCCGUCGAGCGGCAAUCACAGCGAGCCUCCUACUGGUAGCGUAGCCAAUGUAGACUCGUGUGGAAGUGGAACUCCACACAAAUGUCCCGUUUGUCGUCAUGACUGUCCAAGCGUACCAAAAUCAGGUGAUCCGAGCCUCUGGUCAACCGGCGCACCACCUUCUGCUCUGAGCCACUAUAAUCCCUUAGGAUCUAUCUCCCGGUCUGUGGUAAGUGCUCUUGACAAAUUAGGCUCGCUCAGAAGUAGCGGAAAUCAAUCUACCGAAGAGAUAGUAUCUGAAGUGGAAGACGAUUCUCCUCCUGGACAGUCAGGGAAGGCUAAAAAAGUAGAAUUCCGCCGAAGGGAUGCGACACAACCCCCAGAAGACUGA